AUGCUAAAGCUGAAUCAAACAGACUUGUGCCCAGCCUUAUUCAUUCUGAAUGGAGUCCCAGGACUAGAAGACAUGCAUAUCUGGAUUUCCUUCCCAUUCUGCUCUAUGUACAUUGUGGCUGUGGUAGGCAAUUGUGGACUCCUCUAUUUCAUUCGCUAUGAAGACUCUCUGCACAGGCCUAUGUACUACUUUUUGGCAAUGCUUUCUCUAACUGACCUUGUCAUGUGCUCCAGUACAAUUCCUAAGGCUCUCAGCAUUUUCUGGUUCCAUCUCAAGGAAAUCAGCUUUGAUGAAUGCCUAGUCCAGAUGUUCUUCAUCCACACCUUCACAGGGAUGGAAUCUGGGGUGCUCAUGCUUAUGGCCCUGGACCGCUAUGUGGCCAUCUGCUACCCUCUGCACUACUCAGCAAUCCUCACCAAUCCUGUCAUUGCAAAAGUUGGGCUUACCACAUUUCUGAGAGCUGUGAUUCUCAUCAUUCCCUUCACUUUUCUCACCAAGAAUCUACCCUAUUGCAAAGGCAAUAUCAUUCUCCAUACCUACUGUGACCACAUGUCUGUGGCCAAAUUAUCCUGUGGAAAUGUCAAGGUCAAUGCCAUCUAUGGCCUGACAGUGGCCCUCCUGAUUGGGGGUUUUGACAUCUUGUGCAUCACAAUCUCCUAUACCAUGAUCCUUCGGGCAGUGGUCAAGCUCUCAUCGGCAGAUGCUCGGCAGAAGGCCUUUAGCACCUGCACUGCCCACAUCUCUGCCAUUAUUUUCUCCUACAGUCCAGCUUUCUUCUCUUUCUUUUCCCAUCGUUUUGGGGGCCACAUGAUCCCUCCAUCUUGCCACAUCAUUGUGGCCAAUAUUUAUCUGCUCCUGCCUCCUACUAUGAACCCUGUUGUCUAUGGGGUGAAAACCAAGCAGAUAAGAGACUGUGUCCUAAGAAUACUUUCAGGUUCUAAGGACACAAAACCCCAGAGCAUAUGA